GCGCGCAGCCUCGGCCUUUUCCGCUCGUGCUUCGGCACCGCUCGGCUCCCUUCCCGCCCCUCGCUCCCUCCCUCCCUCCCUCCCUAUUCUCCCUCCCUCCUGUCCUGGGAUUGCCUGGAGCUCCGCACCGCGAGUUUGCUGCGGCACUUUCCGCGCGGCGGAAGAACGCGCGCCAGCUUCGGCACACCUGGGCGCCUGAUCCUAGCCCCACGCCUCAUCCCUUACAAGCUCCUCCGAGCCCCGCCGGCUGGUGGGGGAGCGGCCGCCGUCCCUCUCCUGGAGGUCGUCUCCUGGCAUCCUCGGGGCCGCAGGAAGGAAGAGGAAGCAGCGGCGGGAGCCCGGCCUGAGGUGAGAGCCCGACCGGCCCCUUUGGGAAUAUGGCGACCGGUGGCUACCGGACCAGCAGCGGCCUCGGCGGCAGCACCACAGACUUCCUGGAGGAGUGGAAGGCGAAACGCGAGAAGAUGCGCGCCAAGCAGAAUCCCCCGGGCCCGGCCCCCCCAGGAGGGGGCAGCAGCGACGCCGCUGGGAAGCCCCCCGCGGGCGUUCUGGGCACUUCGGCGGCCGCCGCUGCCAACGAGCUCAACAACAACCUCCCGGGCGGCGCGCCGGCCGCACCUGCCGUCCCCGGUCCCGGGGGCGUGAACUGCGCGGUCGGCUCCGCCAUGCUGACCCGGGCGGCCCCCGGCCCGCGGCGGUCGGAGGACGAGCCCCCAGCCGCCUCUGCGUCGGCUGCACCGCCGCCCAGGCGUGACGAGGAGGAGCCGGACGGCGUCCCGGAGAAGGGCAAGAGCUCGGGCCCCAGUGCCAGGAAGGGCAAGGGGCAGAUCGAGAAGAGGAAGCUGCGGGAGAAGCGGCGCUCCACCGGCGUGGUUAACAUCCCUGCCGCAGAGUGCUUAGAUGAGUACGAAGAUGAUGAAGCAGGGCAGAAAGAGCGGAAACGAGAAGAUGCAGUUACACAACAGAACACUAUGCAGAAUGAAGCUGUAAACUUACUAGAUACAGGCAGUUCCUAUCUACUACAGGAGCCACCUAGAACAGUUUCAGGCAGAUAUAAAAGCCCAACCAGUGUUUCUGAAGAAGAUGUCUCAAGUAGAUAUUCUCGAACAGAUAGAAGUGGGUUCCCUAGAUAUAACAGGGAUGCAAAUGUUUCAGGUACUCUGGUUUCAAGUAGCACACUGGAAAAGAAAAUCGAAGAUCUUGAAAAGGAAGUAGUAAGAGAAAGACAAGAAAACCUAAGACUUGUGAGAUUGAUGCAAGAUAAAGAGGAAAUGAUUGGAAAACUCAAAGAAGAAAUUGAUUUAUUAAAUAGAGACCUAGAUGACAUAGAAGAUGAAAAUGAACAGCUAAAGCAGGAAAAUAAAACUCUUUUGAAAGUUGUUGGUCAGCUGACCAGGUAGAAGAUUCAAGACUCAAUGUGGAAAAAAUAUUUUAAACUACUGAUUGAAUGUUAUGGUCAAUGCUAGCACAAUAUUCCUAUGCUGCAAUACAUUAAAAUAACUAAGCAUGUAUAUUUAUUUCUAGCAAACGUAUGUUUGUUUUCAAAAUACUUUUUCAUUAUUGGUUUUAAAAAAGCAUCAUCCUUUUAUCGCAAAUAAGUAAUAUCUUUCAGUUAUUAAAUGAUAGAUAAUGCCUUUUUGGUUUUGUGUGGUAUUCAGCUAAUACAUGGUUUAAAGUCACAGCCGUUUGAAUAUAUUUUAUCUUUGGUAGUACAUUUUCUCCCUUAGGAAUAUACAUAGUCUUUGUUUACAUGAGUUCAAAUACUUUUGGGAUGUUACCUACACAUGCCUUAUUACUGAUGUGUGCAACCUUUUAUGUGUUGAUGACUCACUCAUAAAGGUUUUUGUCUACUGUCAUUCUUUCCACUUAUUCUAAGCAUUUAGAGUAAUAGAGUCAUACUUUUGUAUAACAGCAACCUUUUAAAAAGAAAGCUCUUAUAAAGUCACUGUCAUGUUUUAGUUGACUAAAUUUAAGAGAAUACUUGAAUUGUGCUAUAGUAAAUAAAAAUUUACUAUUUUGUGUUUGAAUAUUGAAAAAUUGAAUCACUUUAACUCCUGAAAAACAUACAAUUGUAAUUUUAGUGUAAAAUUUCUUAAGUAGGUACUACCUUUUUUUAUCGUUCCAAGGUUUGCUAAUGAACACAGGAUUUUUAAAAGUUGUUUAUUCUUCAGGCCUGGAAAGUGUACAAAGUCAGUGUAGGAGAAAAAAUCCAUAUUUAUAUAUUAGCAUGCACACUAAAAACCAAAAUAUUAUUCAUACUUAAAACAUUCAUACAAAACAAUAUGUAAGCAGAAAUAGUACUAAAAUACUUUGCCUAAUUUCCAAGUUGAAGAAUAACACAGUGACACAGUUUUUUCAUAUGAGAGAAUAUUCUCCUAUUUCAAAUUUAAGGGAUUUUCUUCCUAACAUUGAAAUUUUAAAGACAGAAUUACUUCUAAAGAAUUAUACAAAUUUUCUCUUCUAUUAAAUAUUAUUUAGAAUUGUUUUUGUAUUACAUAUUCAUGUUAAGAACCCCAUCUUCCCUUAAAAUACAUUAACAUUAUGACAUUUUUGCUUUGUGAUUGAAUUUCAAAUAGCAGUAUGAUAUCCUUCUAUCUAGUUAAUAUAUGAAAGUGACUUGAAUAUAGUCAAAUCCAUUUUGGGUACUCUACUGACUUUUUCCUUCACUUGCCAAGCCCUUUUAUUAUUCACUGUUAGAAAAAUAGAGAAGGUGAGACAGCUGGGGGAAAAUGUGGAGUAAAUGAUAAGUAUCAAAUGUUGAAUUCUAAAAGUCUCUACAUUUACCUAGGUUGGCUUUCUCCCUUCCCCAAUUCAGAAGUUUCCAGCUUGGCCAAUCAUCAGAAUCACUUGAGGAACUCAGAAAGAACUCCCUGGCUGUAGCUCCGAUGUAGGUUUAGGUUGAGACUCUGGACUCCAGAAUUUUUAAAGGUUAUCAUCUGAGGUUUCCGAUCAUAGUCUACUUUUGAAGCAGCUGCUGCUGUUUCUUUAUUCCAUUGAAAACCUUGGAAUUGACAUAAUUUUAUCUAUCAGCAUUUCUCCCCUUUUAGUUUAUUUAAUAAUUAACCUGGUCUCCAGGGCAGUUUUCAUAUGACCAUGUGUAUAUUUACUGCUCACGAAAAAGUUUAAUGUUGGAUUACCAAAUUCAAUAUAGUUGCAGAAUUACUGCAUAAGGGCUUCCCUUCUUGGAGACUCUUACCCAGCAUAGGAAUAGUGAUCUGCCCACAUGACAGGGUGGUAUGCCAGGCAUAGUUAACUGCUUUUGGUUGUGAGGUACUCAUCUUCCUUUAGUUACCCUUAGUUAUGUGGCACACGUGUCCUUAUGGCCUAGUUCCUCAUCCACACUUUGGAUCUUAUGAAAAUGCUGUUAGUAUCCAACCUUAAAAUAUAUUAGUAUAUGGGUUUUUAUUAAAAGAAUUACUUUGAAUUUUCUAUUUAAUUUCAUAUGUAAAUAAAGGAACAUUUCAUUUCACUUAAAAAGAUUAUAUCAGUUUAGGCUGGGUGUGGUGGCUCAUGCCUGUAAUCCCAGCACUUUGGGAGGCCAAGGCGGGUGGAUUACCAGAGGUCAGGAGUUCGAGACCAGCUUGACCAACAUGGAGAAACCCCAUCUCUACUAAAAAUACAAAAUUAGCCAGAUGUGGUGGCGCAUGCCUGUAAUCCUGGCUACUCGGGAGGCUGAGGCAGGAGAAUCGCUUGAAAACCCAGGACGCAGAGGUUGCGGUGAGCUGAGAUUGCGCCAUUAUACUCCAGCCUAGGCAACAAGAGUGAAACUCUGUCUCAAAAAAAAAAAAAAUUAUUAAUACUUUUAAAGACUGAGCUGUUUAUGAAUUUUUUGGGGAACAUUUCUAGCAGUGAUUUUUUUGACCCUUUUAACAUAAUGAUAGUGUAAAGACAGGAGCCUUACAACUUAGGCAAAGCAUUUCACAUGCAGUCCUUCUUCCGUCUCCUUAAAAUAUGUGUUUAUUUUAUAUACAGACUUUUACACUAACCAUUGAAAAAUAAAGUAGGAUCUGCUACCAUUUCCCCUGAAAAUUUAUAAAAAGUGUUGAGAUUGGUAGAAGUUAGUUUUUAAGUACAUGUGCACUACCCUAAAAGACUUGUCUAUUGUCAAUAAAGUGUUAGUAUUUGUGAAAUUAUUAUUCCUGUUCAGAAAUACUAUUAAAUCUCCUGGGAAUUUGUGGCAUAAUAAAGCACAUUCAAAGUUCUAAUGUGUUUAUGAGCUCAUUUUCAAAAUAGUAAGUUUGUCAUCUUUAAAAUGAACAUGACUUGCUUCCUUGAUUUCUGAAAUGAAUUAAUUGAAGAUUGCUAUAGUAAUCUUUAUUUCAUCUUUCUAGAGUUGUUGGCAAUUUUAUUGUACAACAGUCACCAUUAGAGAAGGCGGGAAGGGCUUUUGGGUGUGUAUUUGUAGGUACUAAGGGAUUUACUAAAUAUAGUAGAUUAGCACUGUCACACUUGUUCAAGUAGUUUCAAACGUAGAAAAUUAAGUAUCAGGUAUAUGGAGCAAUGUAGUCUUUUUUUUUUCUUCAGUUUAAAAAAUUUUUAAUUGUAGUAGAAGCAAUGUAUUCUUAAGGUGAAAAACCUACCUCAGUUACAUGUGGUUUGUAUUUUUUGGAUUAAUCUGGAUUUUAUAAUUAGAAACAAAAACAUAAGAUUUUGAAUCCACUUAAUUUCUUGAAAAUAAUACAAGUCAGUGUAAUAGAGAAGCAUUCAUAUAUUCAACACUGUAAGACAAAACAGCAGAGACCUUGGAUUUGAUAAUUGAUCUGAUAUCCUGGACAGUAUUUAUAUGUACAGUGAUAUCUUUCUUUGGAGUUUUUGUUUUGUGCAUAUGUGUAUAGUUUUAUGGUUCUGAGUUGGUGACCAGUAAGUUCCAUGUAGUGCUGGCACUUAGUAACUAUUCAUGAUAUUGUUAAUAACUUGUUAUAGGAUUCAGGCAUAUAUUUUCAGCAUAAGAAGCCAAACACACCAGCUUGUCAUUGGCAGGAAUAUAUUAAGUGAGAAAAACAUUCAGGAAUCAGAACAUUAACAUGUUAAAAGUUAGUGCUAAACAUGGUCAUAUUGCGUCUGAACCUAUCCUAAUAUGUAACCAUAAAGCUUGACUUUUGCAUCAGAACUGUGCUUUCAUAAAUAAAGGAUAUCCCAUGGGAUUGUAAUUGUAAUCCCAAUUACAAUCUCUAAGAUUGUAAUUGAUAUUAUCUGAGAAGUAGUGUGAUACCUUUCUUUCGUCAUUACAUUAAGCUGAAAACAUAAUACUAAUAGACAACUAACAGUUCGCUUAUCAGGCACAUCAACUAAGGCACCUCCCCCCAUGCUAAGUUUCUCCUGGAUAUAUGGAAGUUGAUUGUUUCCCAGUUUAAAAACUUGAACUAAUAUUACCUAAGAAAACCUGAGCCCAUAUUGUUUUUAUUUUACUUAGCUAGAAUCUCAUAGCAUGUUAAAGUCAUAUCCUUAUCCCCACUAAAAAUAACUAUGUCUAUAUGAGAGGAAUAUUGUAUGUGGGAGCUGUAUUAAAUACUAUUAUAGGUGUUACAGAAUCUUUAAAUAAAUGGACACGGACCAACUUUCCAUCUAGUAGUGUACGAUCUAUAUAGUGCAUGUCAUUAGCACAAAAUGCAGUCUUAGUUAACAUUAGCCUGUCUAAUCUGAAUAGUUUACUCAAAAGUACUUCUUUGUGUUAAGUAUUCAGCCAUUGUUUUUAGAUCUAGUUAAUAGGUUCUAUUUAAUUUGCUGCAACAUUUACUGAAUGGUGGAGUGAAAAAACUGAUGCAUGUUGGGAAAUAUCUUACUAUUUUUAAAGAUAAUGUUAAUUAGGAAAAGAACACUUUUAAGGAAUUUAUAGCAGUGAUGAAAUGAAUUAAGUUAUAUCAGAUACACCAAACUGUUGAUGGUAUUUAAAUGUGACUUCAAGUUAGUAUUUCUGUAUAUAUUAUUGAUUACUGGUUUGUUUUUAGAUAUGUAAGUCUGUUCUAAUCUAGAGUUCACAUAUCGACAGUUUACUCUGGUAAUAAUAGAAUGUUAGUGAUGAUCACUUGGUAGAUGUUGAUUAAGAGCCUGUGUUUUGUUUCCUCCUCUGGAUACCAAAUAGGUGUAUGCUACUUUUUUGGUGAACUUAUUUCUUUGAAGAUUUGGCUAUGCUGUUCAGGAUUUUUGUUCUUAUGUUUUUCUUCUAAAUUUAAGUAGCAUCCUGCUGCUACCAUAUUAAAGCUAAAAUUUAACUUUUGUUGAAGAAUCAGCUAAUUCAGGUAAUCCAAAUAUUUGUGGAAAAACAUCUGGAUAAUUUAUUGAACACAUUAGUAUUGUGUAGACAGCUUUGAUCAUUCCCAUUGCAUAGGUUUUUAUUGUGGAAUAGUCAAUAUAGAUUCACUUUUAAUUUGCAUGUAUAAAGGAAUACUCAAUAAAAAUUUUUUCAUUUAUUUUUCAA